AUGAAGUGUUUUUAUGUGCUACCUUUGAACAACAAUGAAGUAUUUUCUGAUUUGGGUAUCCGGAUCUUGGAAAGUAUUUAUGAAAGUAGAUGUUGGGAACCGAAACAAAUUUCACUGAGUAACAUUUAUGAGGCUGAUCUUGACUCUGAAAACUUUAGGCAAAAUGUGUUAAAUACCAUAAUUCGCCAGAUCUCAAUGUUUGAUCCGAUGAGAUAUGAAGGGAUUUGCCAUAUUCAGGACGCCUCAUAUAGAGGGUUUAGUUGCCUCUGGAGGAUUUCUGAGCAGCUUGGCGUUAUUUUUGUUAUGGUAAUUGAUAAGGGAUCUUUCUCUCUAAGGGGGAAAUCAAUAUUGGAUUUUGUUGUAGAAUGGAGUGAGAAAUUUACUCAAUCUGGGAAGGAGUUAGUAGCUAAUGAUAUUCUUAUAGUUUUGCAUAUUUUGGCUCCAGCUGGGCAGCUCCAGUUACUUAAUGAUGAUAUUUUGUCCAAGAUUGAGCUUAUGGUUAAUAGAACUAUUAGAAGCUAUUAA